CACCAUGCACACCAAAACGCAACGCAUUGCACAACACACAAAAGCAUAAGCCCUAUCCUUCGGAAAAUUUCAAUUACAUUACACAAUUGUUUCUCACUGAACCCACGAAUCGUUGUUACUUUGCAAAUUCAACGCGAGUUUUGCACAUUACGCUAACUCAACAACACUUUCUCUGUUUUGUUCCCUCCCUUUCCAAUUUGAUCCCAAUUUGGCUCCUCCCAUUUCCACAUAGGUGCAUAUUAGAAGUUGGAAUAGAGAAUUUGAGCUGGUUAGAUGGAGGAUGACAAGAGAAAGAAGAAAAACAGGAAGAAAAAGAACAAGCAAGGUAAGAAUGUGGACAAUGGAGUAGGAGAUAAAGAAACUAAGAUUGAGCAACUGGAUGCUGCCGCAGGUGAGAAAAUUGUAAUAGUUGAUUCAAAGGGGGUGGGAGAAACAACAAUUAGGGAUCAGAAUCUGGUGAAUACUGAAAAGGAUGAGCGUGCUGGUGUAACUGAUGUUGCUGGUGAACAAAGUACAAAUGUGGAUGGCGGAACAGCAACUAGGGACAACGAUCUGGUAAAUAAUGGCAAGGUUGAUCAUCCUGAUAUUUCUGAGACUGCUGAUGAGCGAAGUACAAAUGUGUUUGGAGGAACAGCAGUUAGGGAUGAGGAUCUGAUAAAUAAUGGUAAUGAUGAGCCUGCUCAUAAUUUGGCAACACUAGAUGAGCCAAGUAAGAAUGUGGAUUGGAGAGGGGUUGAGGAAAACCCAAACCUAGAUCGGAUUUCGGUGAAGAAUGAAGAAGAUGAGGGUACUCAACACUUGGAGUCUGCAGAUGGCCAAAACAGAAAUAUGGUCAUGGAUUCAAAUGGACACCUGCCAAAUGGUAAAGAAUGUGCCACCUCAGAAGAGGUAUUUAAACUGGGAAAUGAAAAUGAUAUGCUCAAACAGAAUUUGGCCAUUUCAGAAGAGACAAUCAGGAAGCUGAAAGAUGAGAACGAUGUGCUAAUUCAGAAAGAGACCAUAUUAGGUGAUAGAAUAAGGAAAUUACAAGAGGAAAAUGAUAUACAGAUUGAGAAAGAGGCCAUGUCAGAAGAGACGAUCAGGAAUUUGAAGGAAGUAAAUGAUACACAUAUUACACUACAGAUCACAUUAGAAGAUACAAUAAGGAAACUAAAAGAAGAAAAUGAUAUACACAAUCAGAAAGUGGUCAUGUUAGAAGGGACAAUCAGGGAAUUAAAUAAAAAAAUUGAUAUGCAUAUUCGAAAAGAGGCCAAGUCAGAAGAGACCAUCAAGAGAUUAAAAGCAGAAAAAGAUAUGUCCUUUCAGAAAGUGGGCAUGAUGGAAGAGACAAUUAGAAAAUUGAAUUCUGGAAAUGACAUCCAUAUGCAAAAAAAGAUUGAAUUAGAAGAUACUAUUAGAAAAUUAAAGGAACAACAGUAUAUGCAUAUGCAGAAUGAGGCUAUGUCAGAAGCUACAAUUAGAAAAUUAAAAGAAGAAAACGAUAUGCACUUGCAGAUGGAGGCCAUAUCAAAAGAUACAAUAAGAAAAUUGAAGGAAGAAAAUGAUUUGCAUAUUCAAAAAGCGACCAUAUCAGAGGAUGCAAUUAAAAAAAUUGAAAGAAGAAUGUGAUAAACACAUUCAGAAAGAGGCUAGUUUGGAAAUGAGAAUUGCACAAUUACAGAGUGAGAAUAGUUCCAUACUUGAAAAAGAGGCUGGAUUGGUGGAAAAGGCCACUCAGGUAGCCUUGGAAGAGACUAUCAAUAAAUUAAAAUGUGACAAUGAAUUCCACAC